AUGAAGAAGCUGACUGAGAGGACUGAGGGGGAGACCGAGUUCACCACAUCCGUUGCUCCCAAACGCAAGAUCGCCACGUAUCUGCUCGACGACGAUGAUGACGAAGGCGAAAUUGUGGAGCCGCACGACAAAAAACAACGCGUGUCAGAAGUUGGACCUGCAGCGCCAUCCAGUAACAAGAUCGAUUGGGUGGAUUGGGGAGAGCACGACCUUUUCGGUAGACCAGGACUAGCCGGAGAAGGUGCGCAGACCGCCUUCGCAACGGCCUUGGCACCUGCGGACAACAACUCCAAUGGACGGCUGAUCACUCCCUUCGCCUCGUCUUCCAAUCAUGCAGAAGUCCCGUUCGCCUCGUCUUCCCAGUACAUCAACCCUCAUUCUUCCUCUAUCGUCCUAGAAUGA